AGCCCUCCCUCUUCCCCAAAUUAACACCCUCAAAAUUUCUUCACUUAUCCGGAUCUCCUCCACCGCCCUAGUGCUCGCAUCCUCAACUUUACGGUGUUCUUCGUUAUUGUACUCGUAUCUUCGCUUCGGCCAAACGCCCUUCAACAUUGGUCUAUUGCUACCGAUCAUCACGCCACUCAUCAUUCUUAUCAUUGCCUUCGAGGAUUCAAAAGAAGUGAUCUUUAAGGUAAAAAUACUGAUCUAAUUUUGUUCUCAUCAUCACUAAAUCACCGAUAGUUGACGCUCUUCGCCUAGUUUUUCAAGUUUUAACUUCUGCAAUUAAUUGUCAAUACGUCGAUCCGUCUUUCCUCGGACUCUUUCUCGUAGGUUGUACUCUCCAGGGCUUGAAGGAGCCUUUUUCUAGAUGUUAGGGUAUACAAUCGAGCAAUUAUGUAUUCACAAGGCGAAAGAUGAGGCCUUUGACGCUGGCUAAUCAUAAUCGGAAGAUCAUUCUGAGAUUCCUGUCACACCAAAGGGCUACCUGGUAAAUCAAAAGGGCUUCUUUCCUUCGCAUGAAGAUCCAACAAGUACAAUUCCAGUUGUACGUAACAUAAAUAGGGCUAAGAUUCUUGGUGGAAUUGUUUGAGUAGUAACCAUAAGGAACUCAACGAGGAAGACAAAGAUGAGCAGUAUGGCUAAUAUUGCCUCUCAAAAUAGACCAGAAAUGUUAGUACAUGUCUAGAAAUUAAAAAGUCCCAGGAAUAAUAAAAAAAACAAGGUAUAAAUAAAAUUCUUGAUGAAGAUAUUAAAGAUGCAAUAGCAGUGCAGUUGAGAACAUUGUUAGUGUGAUGCUGAAGUUGGUUUGGUUAAUGUUUCGAUCUUAAGUCAUCCUGAUUUGUGGUUCAAAGAGUAUAAAUUCCUCUCUUAAAUUUUUGGUAAAGAUGGAUCAAAGGCUGCAAAGAUGGAGAAUGGCUUAAGGGUUAUAAAGAAAGGGAAUAGUUUAGCAAUUAAAUAUCAACUCUUAAGAAGAGAAAUUUUAGAAGCUAUUUUGAUUUUAUAAAGUGGGAGUUCAAAAGGUAGAAAAGAAAUGAAAGAGCAAUCUAUGUAAUAAGUUUUAAAAAUCCUAGACCUUUUAUUCAACAAGAUAGUGAAAUCGAUGAAAAUACCAUUAAUAGGCAAUGCAUAGUUGAAGUCGAGAGGAGCUUAGUUGUACGCCCAUUAGGUUGAAAGAAGAACUAUAAUAUUGUGGUGUGACUACCUCGUACACUAGUGUAGUUAGGUAAUAGCAUAUAAAGAUUGACUGAAUGCUCAUCUACCACUUUGUAUCCAUCGGAUACCGAUACUUGCUUUCGAAGUGAACACUAUCCCAUUGAUUGUGGGAAAAAAAUAUUAGAAAUGGAAAUGGCAGGCACUUGGAUCAAUACCUAUGUUUGAUACUUGUACUCAAGCCCAAGAAUAUAGGAAACAACAGAGUCUAUGUAGAAACUAAGAAAGAGAUUUUUUUUUUUUCUAUUUUAAAGUAAUUAAGUGAUGCUCCACUAGAUGAAUAGAUGUGAAAAAAAAGGUUCGAUGAUAUGAAUAUAUUAAAGACAUCUUAUGUCCUAUGUAUCUUAUUGCUAGACUUGAUGAAUCGAGUCGAGAGAAUUAAUAGGUUUUGUUGACAAAAAAAAAUAUUAUGGUUUCAACAUCUAUUUUAAGACAGAGAGAAGCCUUGGCAGAAAGGGUACACUUGCGAUAAGGAAGUGUUAAGAAAAGACUAUUAUAGACUCAAGGAAAGAUAGAUGAAGAUAUGGAAGAGAGGGAAUAAGUAAUCUCCUUGAAAGUCUGAUCAACACAAUAAAAAGGAAAAAUGAUGUAGGAAUUUGUUGAUGAAAUUAGGCAUCUAGCAAUACGUUAAACUUGAGGUAUGAGAGAGGAGGAUUGAUUUUGGUUAACUUCAUGGAGAACUAACUUCAAGAUCAUUUUCUUUUUAAUUGCUGUGAUUUUAUCUCGUGUUACUACUGCCAUAUUUGGUACAUACCUGCCUUCUUUGAAAAUUGCUGCUAUGCUUUCUCUCUCUUUUUUUAAAAAAAAGGAAUUUUUUUCUUCCUAGCUCCAUUUUCUUUACUCUAGUAAUGUCAAGAACCUAUAGUUCUACACUUGAUCGGUACUAUGGCUGUCUUUGUCUUCCUAAUCAGAAAUUCUUGUUCUUUGUCUGUCCAUUCUUUCUACCACCAAAAAACUACAUUAUAGUCCUCCUGUGUGUCAAUCUCUACAUGAAUCUGCCAUUGAGCAUAUUAUUCCUUUUAAACUGCUUCUGAAUCUUAGUAAUGCUAUUUAUGUUGUAUAUAUGGUAAUUCUUACAAAAUGUCUUAUUCAAUCAUUAACUUGUCUAUUUUGUAAUGGGAGCAUUUUGAAUGUCAUGGCCAAUCUCAAGGUUGCUCUAAUUGGUUAAAAUUAGAAUAUCACUGAAGCCAUGUGAUAGCAAUUAAAUUGAAGUUACAUGCAAUGAGCUGUGUCAUCUAUUUUUACCAUGUUGGAUAGGUGUAUCUUAGUUUUGAGCUUUCAUAGUGGUAAAUCAGUUCGAGUAUGCUAGAAUAGGUGUGGUUUAGCUGCAAACUUGGAUAGCAUUCAAGCAGAAACUUUAUUGAACAAAAACGACAUUGUAUGGAGGAGCAAAAGCCUAUCUAUCAUGAAAAACAGAGACUGCAGUUUUGCCUGCUUCAUGCUCUCAAUAACCUAAUGCAGGAAAAGGAUUCAUUUCGUCGAGCUGAGUUGGAUGCCAUUGCUGAGAAACUUUUGGCCGAGGAUCCAUUCAAGCGACAAUGGACUCCUCUAUCAUUAAUAUUUAAGCCUCAUCACAAUGUGUUUACCGGAAAUUAUGACAUCAACGUGCUAAUUGCAGCACUAGAAUCUCGAAGAAAAACAGUUGUUUGGCAUGACCGUCGGAACGAAGCCUCUUCUAUUAACCUUGCUGAAGAAUCUUUGAUGGGAUUGAUGCUUAAUGUACCUGUUAGGAGGUACGCAGGUCUUUGGAAUAGCAGGCAUUGGGUCUCAUUGCGAAGCAUUAACCGUGUAUGGUACAACCUAGAUAGUGAUCUCUCUGAGCCAAUGCCAUUCGAGAAUGAAGAAGAGAUUAUUCAAUUCUUGAAUAAUGCGAUUUAUCAGGGCGGAGAAAUUCUAAUUAUCUUGCACGAGAAGCUUUCUGUAUGUUAGAGUGUGCAUCUGUGAUUGUGGUUGGGAAUUGAAGCAACUAUCACAAGUGUCUAAUAGGGAUCUCACAAAGGUCUACAGCACAUACUCUGUUGCGACCAGGGGAGGGAAUCGUGUAAUCACUUUUGUACAUCUUGCAUGUUUCCAAGAUUUCCCUCUUGACAAGAAAUAUUUCGUGGGAUUUUAGAAAUGAGAGCUAAAUUAUAGCCUUUGAGUGUAAAGACUAAAGAGAUGAGGAUGAUGCUGGUUCGUGUGUGGGAACUAGUUCCAAUUGAAAAUGCAUGUUUUUAGAAACAAUCUAUAGCUACAUUUAGAUUGUACUCAUUCUUAGUUUUUGACGAGUUAAUUGAGAUUGCUUUGAAUGUA